AUGCUGGCUAACUUGCAUUUGGUUACUCGCUGUUUCCCUCUGUCCCUUUUCUUUUUCUUUUCUUUUUUUCAUUUUUUUUUUUUUUCUUUUUUUUUUUUUUUUUUUUUCUUUUCAUUUUUUUUUUUUCUUUUUUUCUUUUUUUUCUUUUCAUUCCUUUUUUUCUUUUUGUUUUUUAUUGAAAUUUUUCAUUCAUUUUUUUUUUCUUUUUCCUUUUCCUUUUUUUCAUUCCUUUUUUUUUUCUUUCAUUCUUUUUUCUUUCUUUUUAUUUUUUUUCAUUCCUUUUUUCCUUUCAUUUUCAUUCCUUUCCUUUCUUUCUUUCCUUUCUUUGAUUAUUUUUUUUCUUUCUUUUUUUUUCCUUUAUUUCCUUUUUCUUUCUUUCCUUUUUCCUUUUUUUCUUCUUUCUUUUCUUUUUUCUCUUUUUUCUUUUUUCUUUUUUCCUUUUUCCUUUCUUUUCUUUCUCUUUUUUUCCUUUUUUUUUUUCUCUUUUUCCUUUUUUUUUUUUUUUUUUUUUUCUUUUUUUUUAUCUGUUUAUUCCCUGCAACUCCCUCCAUCAAUUAUUGUGAAUAUGACCUUGCUACUAGAUCCUGGAGGGUAGGUCAGCCUCUUGCUACCAUCCACAACCACAACAACGUGUGUUUCCCCCUCUCCUCCCUCUUCACGUGUUUCCCCCUCUCCUCUCCUCUUCACGUGUUUCCCCCUCUCCUCCCUCUUCACGUGUUUCCCCUCUCCUCCCUCUUCAGAGUGUUUCCCCCUCUCCUCCCUCUUCAGAGUGUUCCUCCCUCUUCGGAGCGUUCCUUCCUCUGUCUCCCCGCCUCUUGGAGCGCAAAUUUUCUGUCUCCCCGCCCUCUUCGGAGCGUUCCUUUCUCUGUCUCCAGCCCUCUUGGGCGUUCCUUUUUCUCUGUCUCCCCGCCCUCUUCGGAGCGUUCCUUUCUCUGUCUCCGCGCCCUCUUCGGAGCGUUCCUUUCUCUGUCUCCGCGCCCUCUUCGGAGCGUUCCUUUCUCUGUCUCCGCGCCCUCUUCGGAGCGUUCCUUUCUCUGUCUCCGCGCCCUCUUUGGAGCGUUCGUUUCUCUGUCUCCCCGCCCUCUUCGGAGCAUUCCUUUCUCUGUCUCCCCGCCCUCUUCGGAGCGUUCCUCCAUCUCCCUCCCUUCUGCGUGUUUCUCCCUUUUCUUCUCUCCUUUCGUGUGUUUCUUUCUCUCUCCACAUGUUACUCUCUCUGUCUCUCUUCUUCCCUCUGCAUGUUCUCUCCUCUCUCUUCACGUGUCCACUUCUCUCUCCCUCCCUUCCUCCCUCCAAGUUCCUCUUUAUCUCUCUCUCCAUUGGAUUUCAAUUCACACUCUCUCUCACUUUCAUUUCUUUUUUCUCUUUUUUUUUUAUUAUUUUAUUGUUAGUUUUUCUCCUAUAAUUCGUUCUCGCUUUCUUUUUUAUCUUUUUAAUUCUUUCACAUUUUCCUUUUAUUCUUCUUCCUAG